AGAAGCCCCAGAGAAGUGUCAAGUGUUGUCAAUGACAGAACCCUGACAUCCAACAACAAGGGCAGAAAUCCAAAGAAGAUUUUUCUAAAAAUAAGAAAGACAAAAGGGGCGCGUGGACAGAAAGUGAAGCCGCAGGGUUGUUGUGCUGUCUCAACUUUUCUAUUACAUUUUAACAAGUUUAUAUCCUUCCCAAAACCACGUGGGCACUCCACCAGGGUUCAUGUGUGACAUAUACAGCCUGGACUCUCACUGCGUGUCUCCACGAUGCAACAUGAGUUGGGCGAUGGAGCCUGCUAACUUCUACGAGAGCCACAAGCUGGGCGUCCCGCAGCAGGGGGUCUGCAAGCCGGGCAGCAGGAGCGAAUGUGCGGGCGAGGACGGCACCAUGGUGGAGCUGAGCACCGCCCCUGCCAUGUACGACGACGAGAGUGCCAUCGACUUCAGCCAGUACAUCGAGUCCAUGACAGCCGUGCCAAACCUGGAGCUGUGCAACGAUGAGCUCUUCCUGGACCUGUUCAACACUGUGAAGCAGGAGAAGGCGGAUUUCUACAACAUGCAGAACCCCGUGCUGCCCGGCGACAUGCAGCAGCUGUCAGCCGCGUACGCAGCGGAGAGGAAGGCGGACAGCGGGCUGGACAGAGUGGCGUACAGCGCGCCUAUCAAGCAGGAGUCCGACUGGAGUGACAGCGACAUGUCUUCACCCCUGCCUUCCCAGAUCGAGAGCUGCGCUCAGACCUCCGUCAGCCUCACCACAGGGCAGCCAACUCCACCCACCACCCCGGAGCCUGGCUCCAAUGUCAGCUCGGCCAAAUCCUCCCCGCGGAAGAUCGGCAGAGAGAAAGGGAAGAAGGUGGACAGGUACAGCAUAGAGUACCGACAGAGGCGAGAGAGGAAUAACGUUGCAGUGAGGAAAAGCAGGGAUAAAGCCAAGAGGCGCAACACGGACAUGCAGCAUAAAUUGCUUGACCUGAACUCUGAGAACGACAGGCUUCAUAAAACUGUCGAGCAGCUAACCAGAGAGCUCUCCGGGCUCAGAGAUUUCUUCAAGCAGAUGCCCAACUCCUCCUUCCCGGGCUCCACAAGUGCAGCGCACCGGUGACAGAUCAAUUAUCCUAUGAACUGAGCUUCUAGGAAACAUACCUCAACAGACAUUUUUUACCAUCUGUACCAGAUGUAUUUUAAGCUUACCAUAAUGGCACUGGAAAAUAUAUGAUGUUGCUGCCAUAUUUUUUGUGGGAUUUUUCUCUAUUAAAUUAUUUUACCACUGCAUUUACAUGAUGUUAUACCUGAUAUGGUACUUGUUUUAUAAUUCAAAACUUUGUAUAAGAGCCAGAGCAUGAUCUUUUAUAUAGUUUGUAUGAAACCUUGAAAACAUUUGUUUAUGGAAUCUAUAAUAAAAUUGCUGAAAAGGUGCAGAAA